GAAUCGUCGGCCAUUCAUAUCAUCAGCCAUCUUUUAGAAGAACACGCUCAAAUUGCAGUCUACGAUCCAAAGGUCACGGAAACACAGAUGAGGUGGGAGUUGGAGCAGCGAUCACCCGCAGAUUUAGUCACAAAAUUGGUGACGGUACAUGAUAAUCCCUACUCGGCUGCUGAUGAUGCUCAUGCUAUUGUCGUUCUGACUGAGUGGGACGAGUUCAAGGCUCUGGACUAUGAACGAAUCUACAAAACCAUGAAACACCCGGCGUCAAUUUUCGAUGGUCGCCUGAUUCUCGAUCAACGCCAACUACGGGAAUACGGUUUCCGAACGUUUGCCAUCGGCUCCGCACCUGAUCAAGCAUACAAUCUUUUUGGUGUGCCACUUGAUUAG